AUGGAGGAGGAGCUGUAUGUAUCAGGUGGACCAAGUGCCCUUGAAGUCACUGUAGUUGAGUCAACAUUCCAAGAAAGAGCAGCAAUAGCAAAUCAGCUGAAAAGAGAAUUAAUGGAGGCUAACAUCUUUAUUAAUGAGUGUCAAGGCUGUUUCUGGAAGUCCUCAGAUCCUGGCUUGCUGGUAGGAGUUGUUCUACGGUAUGGGAUCCAUGUGCCCAGAGAUAUCAACAAUAAAACUCUUAGCUGCCAGUUGAACAACAGUCCUGCCACAUUCCUGGUCAAUGUCAGUGGCAAAUUUUAUGAAUACACUUUGAAGGGAGAGAUCAGUUCAAAGGAGGUUGACGAUGUACAGGAUAAUGAAAUGCUGCGAAAGGUGACUUUUGACCCCGAGGUAUUUUUCAACAUUCUAUUACCUCCUAUAAUUUUUCAUGCCGGAUAUAGCCUUAAAAGGAGACAUUUCUUUAGGAACUUGGGCUCCAUCCUUGCAUAUGCCUUUGUUGGAACAGUCAUCUCAUGUUUUGUUAUUGGGCUGAUUAUGUAUGGAUUUGUAACCCUCAUGAAAUCUAUUCGACAACUUGGAGGUGAUUUCUUCUUCACUGAUUGCCUCUUUUUUGGUGCAAUCGUGUCUGCCACUGACCCAGUGACAGUACUGGCAAUUUUCCAUGAGUUGCAGGUGGAUGUGGAUCUAUAUGCACUAUUAUUUGGAGAAAGUGUGCUAAAUGAUGCAGUUGCCAUUGUACUAUCCUCGUCAAUUGUUGCUUAUCAGCCAGCUGGAGAUAACAGCCAUACUUUUGACGUCACAGCAAUGUUUAAGUCAUUUGGAAUUUUUUUAGGAAUAUUUAGUGGAUCUUUUGCUCUUGGAGCUGCCACUGGAGUUGUGACAGCCCUGGUCACCAAAUUCACAAAACUGCGGGAUUUCCAGCUUCUGGAGACUGCUUUAUUCUUCCUGAUGUCCUGGAGCACAUUUCUUCUUGCAGAGGCAUGUGGUUUCACAGGUGUGGUGGCUGUUCUUUUUUGUGGUAUCACCCAGGCACAUUAUACCUAUAACAAUUUAUCUCCAGAAUCACAGGACAGAACCAAGCAGUUGUUUGAGCUGCUGAAUUUUCUGGCAGAAAAUUUCAUCUUUUCGUACAUGGGAUUAACACUGUUCACAUUCCAGAACCAUGUUUUCAAUCCAACAUUUAUUGUGGGAGCUUUUCUGGCAGUUUUCAUAGGAAGAGCUGCCAAUAUCUACCCACUAUCUUUCCUUUUGAAUCUUGGAAGAAGAAACAAGAUUGGGAAAAAUUUUCAACAUAUGAUGAUGUUUGCAGGUCUUCGUGGGGCAAUGACAUUUGCACUCUCUAUCAGAGAUACUGCCACUUAUGCUAGGCAGGUCAUGUUCAGCACAACUCUUCUCAUUGUAUUCUUUACUGUUUGGGUUUUUGGAGGUGGCACCACACAAAUGUUGUCCUGGCUGAGGAUCAGAGUUGGAGUGGAUUCAGAUCAGGAUAAUUCUGUCACAGCAGACGGAGUUGAACGUAGGAGCACCAAACAUGAAAGUGCAUGGCUGUUUAGACUGUGGUAUAAUUUUGAUCACAACUAUCUAAAACCAAUUCUGACACACAGUGGACCACCCCUCACAAGCACUCUUCCUAGCUUCUGUGGACCUCUUGCUCGAUGUCUCACUAGUCCUCAGGCAUAUGAAAAUCAGGAGCAAUUGAAAGAUGAUGAUUCAGACUUGAUCCUGAAUGAUGGCGAUAUCAGCUUGACUUAUGGAGACUCCACUAUCACCACAGCCUCAUCUGCCUCUGGCACAUCUCGUCGUCCUGGGCCAGUGAAUACUGAUGAUGCUCUUGACCAUGAGCUAGCUAUUGGAGAUCAUGAGCUUGUGAUCCGUGGCACCCGGCUGGUACUGCCCAUGGAUGAUUCAGAGCCUCCUUUGAAUUUGCCAGUGGAUGAUGGUGGGACUUCAAGACGUCUUAAGAUAUGAGCCUACUGACGAUCACAACAGAGAGCUGAGCAGCUUAACCAAUUUUGGCAGUUUUCUUACUUUCCCUCUCCUAAGAAACUACUUGAUUUCUUAAAUUUUUAAUUUAUUUAUUUUUUUAUAUAUAUGUGAAGAAUGCUGUAUGCCUGUGCGCUAUCAUUGUUUGGUCUGUGCAGCAGCUUUGUCGUCAGUUUGAUAACGACUUUAAAACACCAAGAAAAAAAUGCUAAAUAAAUGCAUGCAUAUCUGCAAGUUUGCAAAGUUAAAUAGCAGUAUGCACUGUAUUUUAACUUCAGCAGAAAAGUGAAGAACAAAAUAUGACUGAGUUAAUGAGAAAACAGUUUUGAGUUGUAACACAUUUGGUUUUUUUUUAAUUAAUCACUGGGUUUUCCCUAAUGGGCUUCGCACACAGGCAUGGAGAAAGGCCGCCGCUGCUAGGCAUCAUUCUGACAAGCCUUUAUACAUUUCCAUUUCUUUGACCCCUAACUUUUGAGGGAAUUUUCACUCUUUGUGCGGCAUUGUUUUGAGUAAUCAGAUAACGUGUACAUCUGGCUCGCUUUUCAGUUCAUGUUCUGACUUGUAUGAUAUUGGAGUAAUUAUUGUAUGUUGCAGAUUGAGAACAGAAUUAGAAGUGCGUGUCUGUAAAUGUUUUCAUUUUAACAGUUUGUCCAACUGUUCGUGGCUGCUUAACUCUGCCCCUCGUUAAAUGAAUUCUGGGAUACAGUGUUAUGGCUGUGUUUCGUAGUUUCUGACUGUUACAAGAUGUUCAUUGUCAGAGUGCCUUCACAAGAUUUCUUCCUAUUCUCUGAAAAUUAGAUAUUUUUUAUUAUUAUUACACUAAAAAAAUUGUCCUGGAGGUUAAACUGUAACUUUUCUUGUUAAAGAGUAAUUUGGACUAACAUGCUGCAGGGAUAGGCUCCUGCUCCUUACGACCCUGUACUAGAUAAGGGGGUUCUGACAGUGGGUACACACACUGAUGUGAGCUAGGAGAAGACCUGUCUCGGCACAAGGAUGGAAACUAAGACCGUAGGUUAGGCUUUAUUGCAUGUUGGUUAGCACUUUAUCUUCUAGUUGUUACACUGAUUAAAACCUUGGGUAUGUGAGACUAUGAUUUUUAUAGCACUUGUGAAUAUGUAUUUGAAAGUUUUUAUUUCAACAGCAGUGUAAGAGGUUAGGGUUUUUUAAUUAUUUUUUUUUGUUUGCAAUAAACAGUUGCCCCUAAAUUAUUCAAAUAAAGUCACAAUGAGCAUGGAGGGUGUAGAACAUUUGGUUAAAGGAAAGUGUAUUGUCAUCAUAUUCUUUGCUGCUGUUAUGUUCAAUUAAUUGAUUAAUAUUUAAGGAAGACCUGAAUUAGGCUCUUGCUGCAUAGAACCUGUUUAUUCCUGAUUUGCAUUGGACUGCACAUGGCAUCUUGAGUGCUACCUCAAAGCUCACAGACAUGGAAUCAAUUUGGAAAGAGAACUAAUCAUGUUGCCAAAGUAUAUGCAGUGACAUUAUAUUCAGAUAAUUCGGAGGUUUCCAUUAGAAGUGCACUUUCUCAUUGGUGUUUUGGUAUGUUUUCUGUUGAAAUUAAUCUUCAAAUGGUGAAAAAUAACAUGCGUUUUCAAGUUACUCAGAUAAAACUGUUGUGGAAAGCUAUAUGCAACUUGUAGGUUUCUCCUCCACAAAAAAAAAAAAAAAAUCUUAUACUUUGAACCCGUCCAAUACUUGAUUUCUCAAUGCUUUCUCCUAGUGAAGACAGAGAGAAGAGGCGCUACAGCGAGUGACAGAUCAGUAAACCUCUUAGGACACCCCUCUCUGUUUGAAGGUACCUUUCCUUCGCUGUACUGGUAAUGGUGGUUACAAUUUGACAAAAAGAAUAAUACUGUUGUUGACUUAAUGGACAUUAUUUUUAAAUAACUGUGUUCCUGAAUCUGUGUUUAUAUGCGAGUUAAAGCAGCAUCAUUAACUGGAUGUUCAUAGAAACUGUUUUGCUGCCUGUGAGGUGCCAUUUUGCACAUCCUUUUUUCAUACGUUCCUCACUUAAAGGCCUACACUUAAUGUCCCUGUUUCUAGUUUACAGGGUUUUUACAUGCAGUUUUGUGCUUUUUUUUGGUUUGAUGUGAUAGCAUUUUGGACUGUUAAUGUGAUGGUGGGUGAAAAGCUCAGAGGUUCUUUGAUACAAUAAAUCCACUAAAAUCCUUAAGAUUUACUAACAAUUUACUGACUUAAAAUAGUCACAGUUUACUUUAGGAGAAGUUAGCCAGAUCCUCUGUAUUUUCUGUUAAAAAAAAAAUGCAGCAGAAUGCAGUCAUUUGCUUGGAUGCAAAGGAAAAACCGCAUUGUCUGCUCAGGCAUUCUAUAUAAUACCAGUUCCUGGGUGCCAAAUAUCAUUGUCGAUACGUUACGUUCUCUUCCCCACCUCACUUCUAAUGUGCUCUUUACUUUGGUAUCUGGGCAUCUUUUUUCAGGAGUGAAUAUAGAUUGGAGUGGAUGGGGAUAAAAGAAUCUGAAAUAUAUAAUGACCAAGGAGUCACUUUGUCAACUGGUUCAUUCGGUCUUUUUUCAUAAGGAAUGCCUCUUAAAAUCGGGCACAUUAUUUCAUGUCUAAUUAAUGUUGUGACAAAAGGAGAUACCACCAAAUUGCAGAAGUGUGACAGAUACAAGAAUCUUUGCAUCAUUUUCCUUUAUUUUUUCAGACUUGCUUUAAUCACUUUAGCCCCCCAUAUGAAGUGUGCCUAUUUUUACUUUGUGUAAACCAGAACUGUUAACCCACAGAGCUGAAGGGGUUAGGCUUUCUGUGACUCUCUAAAGACAGUAAGUUUGAGUUUAAACAAGACAUCUCCAAUGAAUUUGGCAGUGUGUGCUUAAUUUGCAAACGUCACUAAGAGCUUUGAGUCGAAACCCUUUCAUAAAGUGCUUUUAGUGUGGCUUCAUCUAUAGAAGGAAUAAAGUAGUAUUUAAAAAGGAUCCAAAAAAGUGUUUGACUAUAUUUUCUGAUCAUACGAACUGAAUUAAAUGAAAGCUCUGCUGCUAAAUACAAACGUUAACAUUACUAAAUUUAAGGAGAUGUAUGUGCUAAUAUCAUUUGGAAAACUGGGAUACAGUAGCAGAUUUUAUUGUUUUACUAAUUAAACAUCUUGCUGUGUGUACUGACCUGACAAUUGUCAGCAGUGCUGUCAGAAUGGUGUCAUGGACUUCACUCACAGCUAUUGGCCUCUUUAUUUCCUGCUGUGCAGGAACGUCAUGUUACAGCUUAUCUUUUCCUAUGAAAAUUUAUUUUUAACAAUGCUUACUUCAUGCUCAUAUUUAGCCUGUAAGAAAGCUUCUCAUUUUUUAGUGUUUGUAUUUUUAUUGGUAUUCUUUAAUCCACUUAACAUAGUGCUGGCUUAAUCAUUUCAAAUCAGAGAGACUGUUAAUGGCAGCACCUAACUGAACUGCACUAAUUCUGCUCCAUAUAACAUUUUUGUUUCAAGUUUAAUAUUGCGAUCAGUCUAGUGAUCCCAUAAAAAUAAUUCAGCCUUACGUGAAUCCUGUCAUGUUUAGGACCUGUCAAGGCUUUCUUCUGCCACUUUCUUGUGAGCCUUUUCAAUACUCUGUGCCCAGCAGCUCUUAAUGCCAUGUAAUGAUGAAACACUGGAUUAGGAGUGAUAAGGAGCAGAUGUCAAAUCAAGGAUUCUGUAAAGGAAUUUGCUUUUUAAAACUGGAUGACCUGGAUGUAGGGUUCAUUUCAAAUGCUCAUAUUCACAGCUAGGAGUGUACAGUUAGUGCCGAUUUCAUACUUCCUCAAUAUUGAAAUGUGUUUGUCCUUUUUAGAAACAGUAGGAAAAAAAUCAACCUACUUUUCUGUUCCUACUUAAUAUCAGUAUUGAAGUAUUGUGAGACACACACAAUUAAAAUCCUUGACAACAGAAUUAAAAGCUUGUUUUUUUGUUUUAAUCACGUAAAGGGCAGAAUGGAGUUAGUUAAUUUAGGUGUCCUUUUUGGUUCUUGAGUUUUUUGCAGUAAUCUGCAGGUAGAUCUGAGCAUUACCCAUGCACCACAAGAUGAGGGUGUAUUUCAAACAAUGAAACGGAUUUUAUUUCAUUUCAUCAUCCCUCCUCCAACCAAUGCCAAAUAAUUGGUGGGGAUCACCAGCUAUUGCACAUAAAAUGACCGUCCAGCCCUUGUGUUACUCGACGUUCAAGGCAUCAGUUUAUAAUGGAGGUCUCUUUAAUGGUCCGUUUACUGUCUUUAACUGUGGGUAUUUGAAUGUGAAGUCUGUGCUUCUGUUUAAUGUUUUGCAGUUACAGACUUGUUAUAAAAAAGGUACAUUUUGUAAAUAUUCUGUAUUUGUCACUGUGCAUGGAACAUUAAAGUAAGCAAAUGUUUUUCCUUAUA